AUGGAACGAGUAAGAGAUUUGGCGUCGAAGAAAGCGGCAGUGAUAUUCACGAGGAGCUCGUGUUGCAUGUGUCAUAGCAUCAAGACUCUGUUCUACGAGCUCGGGGCAAGUCCUGCGAUCCAUGAGCUCGACAAGGACCCACAAGGCCGAGAGAUGGAACGAGCCCUCUUCAGGACAUUCGGCUCUAACCAGGCUGUUCCAGCGGUUUUCAUAGGCGGGAGGUACGUUGGCUCAGCUAAAGACGUCAUCUCCUUCCACUUGGAUGGGUCGCUCAAGAAGAUGCUAAAGGAGUCCAAAGCCAUUUGGUUGUGA